AUGUUUAACAGAAUACAAUCAAGUUCAUUACCAGACUGCAACUUAAUAUUGCAUAACAUUUCACAAUCAGUUGAAGCACUGUUAGAAUUCAACCUAACUACUACUACUACUACUGCUACUGCUACUACUGCUACUGCUGCUACUGCUGCUACUGCUGCUACUGCUGCUACUGCUGCUGCUACUGCUAUUGCUGCUGCUGCUACUGCUGGUGUUAACUUUCUUUACGGGAGGCGAUAUUUGAGGAUGCCAACUGCUACAGACGUUCCACUUUUAUACAAGGCCCACCAGCGGAUACAUGGGUUUCCCGGGAUGUUGGGUAGUUUUGAUUGCACGUACUGGGAGUGGACGGCAUGUCCAACCGCUUGGAAAGGGCAACGCCAUCGUGGUAACCACGAGGGUCCUACCCUAAUAUUACAAGCGGUUGCGUCUCAAGAUUUAUGGAUUUGGCAUGCGUACUUUGGCAUGGCCGGUGUGAACAAUGACAUCAUUGUUUUACAAUCUUCGGGUCUUUUCGACGAUGUCAUGGAUAGUGUUGCACCAAAUACUUCAUUCUAUGCAAACAACGUGGAGUAUAAGUAUGGGUACUAUCUUGUCGAUGGUAUUUAUCCAAAGUGGGCGACGUUGGUGAAAACUCUUUUAUGUCCAGAUGACGAGAAAAGAUUGUAUUAUAAGAAGAAACAAAGAGUUGGCAAGAAAAGAUGUCAAGCGGGCUUUCGGUGUAUUAAAAAAGAGAUGGUCUAUCAUUGUCCAACCAUCGAGGAUAUUUGA